UUUUCACGAAAACGUUUUUGCAGCAAAUCACGAAAAAGUUGAAAAAAUCAAAAGCAUAUGUGGAUUAAACGGAAUGUGCAAAGUUUUUGGUAAAUAAUUUUAACGCCUUUAGACAGAUCUAUUUAAUUGCGAAUAUUAUGUCGUCUAUUAUAACUCGCAAGGAUGGCGACGAACAAAAAUCGGCCACCAAGCGCAGUGCCACAGGCGCUGACGCGAGCGCCGACAUAGCAGGGAAGAAACAAAAGAAUGGAACUGAGACGGUCGCGGCAUCGCUAAGCUCCACCCAAAUAAAGCUAAUGAUGGCCCAUGCACAGCGCGAGAUCGAGGAACGCAAGCGUGCGCUAAAUAAUCUUCGAGAUAAGGAUCCCUUGCUGGCAUCAGUGCCACAAAUUGGGUUGCCUGUUGCUCUAGCCACACAAGCUCUGUCCAAGAAGCCCACACCCGAGGAUUCCGAGAAGGCUCGAAAGAUAGCCGAACUGCAAGCGCAGAUCCGCGCCAAGUUAACUGGCAAUCUGGCCAAUUUAAUUAAUCAACAACCCUCAGCUGUUGCCGCAGCGGCAGCAGCUGCAGCUGCAGCACAACAACAGCGUCCCAAGCCGCUUAUAUUAGAUGAGGAGGGUCGCACUGUAGACAAAAGUGGACGUGCUAUCAAUAUACCUACAGUAACACCUACGCUCAAAGCAAACAUACGUGCCAAGAAGCGGGAAGUCUUCCAGCGCCAAACUGUUGGCAGCGAGGGAGGUAGCGCAGGCGGUUCACACACGGUCCAAGACGAUGCCGCCAAGUUCUUUGAUGAACGCAUUAUGCAAAAGCCGACUGUGCGCACCAAGCGCACUCUGCGGUUCCAUGAACCUGGCAAGUUCCAGCAGCUGGCGGAGCGUUUGCGCAUGAAAACCCAGCUAGAACGACUGCAGAACGAAAUCUCGCAAAUAGCGCGUAAAACAGGCAUUUCCUCAGCUACCAAACUAGCGUUAAUAGCCCCCAAGCAGGACAUGCCUGAGGAUGCGCCACAAAUGGAGUGGUGGGACUCUGUCAUACUCACACAGGAUCUGCAGACGUUGGACGAGGCAAGUGGAAAGAUAAGCAUACGUCAAAAUGCUAUCACCAAUCUGAUUGAGCAUCCCACACAGAUGAAGCCGCCAAAUGAGCCGCUCAAGCCAGUUUAUCUGCCCGUCUUUCUCACCAAAAAGGAGCGUAAGAAGUUGCGUCGUCAAAAUCGUCGAGAAGCUUGGAAAGAGGAACAGGAAAAAAUACGUUUGGGUCUAGUAGCACCGCCGGAGCCGAAGCUACGCAUAUCUAACCUAAUGCGUGUGCUGGGCACAGACGCAGUGCAGGAUCCCACCAAGAUAGAGGCGCAUGUGCGCGAGCAAAUGGCCAAGCGACAAAAGGCGCACGAGGAUGCUAACAAUGCCAGAAAGCUGACCACCGAGCAGAAGAGCGAGAAGAAGCAGCGCAAGCUUAAAGAGGACACUAGCUGUGGUGUGCAUGUAAGCGUGUAUCGCAUACGUGAUAUGCAGGAUAACCAAAGUAAAAAGUUCAAAGUGGAAACGAAUGCCAAGCAGCUGCAGAUGACGGGCAGCGUGGCGCUCUUUCGAGAUUGCUGCGUGGUCGUUGUUGAGGGUGGUCCCAAGCAGCAGAAGAAGUAUCGCCGCCUGAUGUUGCAUCGCAUUAAGUGGGAGGAGGAUAUUGUCAAAGGUGAUGGACAGGAGGAAGUGCCAAAUUCGUGUGUGCUUGUCUGGGAGGGCACCGCACAGCGACGACAUUUUGGCGAAAUCAAAUUUAAAGUCUUUCCCAUGGAGAAAAUGGCGCGCGAGUUCUUUCAGAAGCAUCAGGUGGAGCACUACUGGGAUUUAGCCUAUUCCGGCGCAGUGCUAGAGGCUUCAACGGAUCAGCAGUAAACUCUUGUAAACAGCUAUUUGGCCCUGCGAAAUUUGUUAACGUCUUUAGAUACUAAAGCUAAAAUUAUAAAGAUUUAGGUUUUUAAAAA